AUGGAGAGUCUGAUGUCGCCGGCGUAUCAGUCAGCGUCGGAGUCCAUCGAUGCGUCGCCGUCGUACACGCCGAAUGCUCAGUGGACCGGCGGCCUCGGGAAGAAACCAGCACCACCUAUUAGCUCCAGCAGGACCAAGGGAAUCGCCGACCUGGAGAGAGAAAUAGAGGAGCUCCGAGCGAGCUAUCAACAGGUGUGCGAGGAGAGGGAUGCUCUGGAGGACCUGUUGCUGCAGGAGCAGCUCAAGAACCGAACGCCAGCGGACAAGCAGCUAGAGGAGGCCAAAGCACAUGCAGCAGCGCUGGAGCUUGAGCUAAGAUCCAUGGCUGCUAGAUGCGAGGAAUGGAAGCGCCGGGCAGCGCAGCGGGCAGCUGAAAUGAAUCCAGCCAUGGUGCAGGCGCUACUGGAGGAGCGGCUGGAAGAUUUGGACGAGUCAGGGACGAUCAAGAUACAGAUGGAGGUGGCUCGCCUGCGGGACGAGCUUGCCAAAUCCGAGGUGCUGCGCUUUGAGCUCUUCCGCAGCACACAGGAGGGAGCAGCGACGAACAGCAAGUGGGAGGCGGAGGAGGAGGGGCUGAAGCAGCAGAUGGAGGAAGUGGAUGCAGGCAGAGAGAUCAACAGUAAGAGCAUUGAUGAGAUCCCAGAGAGCACCAUGUGGAGAGAAUCCAACAGCAUGGAAGAAGCGGAGGAUUUGAUGCAGGAGCUGCUGGAGAUGGGGCAGGCGUCUCUGAGCCAACAAGACGUGGAGCGACUGUCAGAAGCAGUGGAGUCUGCAGAGCGCAGAGCAGUGGAGGCUGAGAGGAGGGCUGCGCAGGCAGAGAAGGAAGCUUCUGAGAAGGCGAUGCAAAUAAGGGUGCUGGAGGCGAAGCUAACAGCACUGCUGGUGAGAGAAGGCAAUGUGUCAUGCUGCUUAUUUGAGGCAUUCCAGAAGUCAUCUCGGUAUUUGCCUGAGUCACCAAAAAACUGCGUCUGUCUUUGUUUUUUUCUUCAUGUUCACCUUUUCUCCCCCAUCCUUUCCCUUGAACGUGACAACCCCUCCUCCCCUCCCUCCUUGCCUGCUCUCCCUUCGAUUUUUCUUUUCCUUUCCUCCUUUUUGUCUUCCUCUCCCGUGUCUCCUUUCCUCUUCCUCCUUCCCUACCUCCCAUUGCCUGUUUUCCCCCUCUCGCCUCCUUCCCUGUACUUCUCACAUUGUGCCUGCUUUCACUCCCUUCCUAUAUCUUCAUCCCCUUCCUCUCCUCUUCCUGCCUGCUCCUUCCCAACCACCACCAAUGUCUCUGCCUCUGCUGCCACGUCAUCCGUCCAUGCUCUGGCCAAUGGAAUCACGGCACGGGUCAGCAACACUGAUGACGUGGCAGGACAGGCGCGUGACGUGUCGAGGAGGAGAUCUGACGUGGCAAGAGAGAGUGCUGGGAGAAGGGAAUCUGUGCUGGUGAUUGGAAGUGAAGAUGGGGCUAGUGCUGUUGGCAAGGGGAUUGGUGGGAUCAGGGGGGUCGGGAGUGAGGUGGAGAGCAGUGCAGGGGAGAGCAAGGGGGAGAGUGCGGAGGAGAGUGGGGGGGACAGUUUGAAGGAGCUUGCAGCAGCACAGAUUGCAGAUGUUGAGGAGAUUCGGGAGAUUGUUCAUCGUGUUCAGGGCGAAGAAGUUGAGGAAUUUAUAACAGAAAGCUCGCUUAGAGGAGACUCGUUAGGAGGUGAUUCGCUAAGACGAGACGGUCAGAAGUCAGGAAAAGGAGGUGGACGGCACUUACUGCAACAGGAUGGCCGUCAGCUUUCUGACGGAGAUGGACGCCAAGCAGGCGGGUUCAGGUGGGAGGAGGUGGGCGGCGAGGCUCGUCACGGAGUGGUGUGGUGGAUGCAGCUGUCGGACGUCCACGUCAGCGUGCACGUGCCAUCAAGAGCCAAUGAUCUCCUCGUGCACCUCGUGCCAGCUGUCCGCGUUAUAGCGCCUGCUGCGCUUAUAGUGUCUGGGGAUCUCACAGAAUCAAAGAACCGUCAGCGCACAACAACGGCCCAGAACGAGUCAGAAUGGCGUGCAUACUCCCAAGCAAUGCACGCCCUCAGCACCGCAAUCAACGCCGCCCACCCGCCCUCCUCCCCCUCUCCACCGCUCUCCCUCACCUCUCAAUCCCAACAAACCGAACAUACUCAUAAUAUUUCUCCCAGCCGCCCCUCCUGCGCCCCUUUCCCCCGGGUGCUGGAUUUGAGGGGCAAUCAUGACGCGUUCAGUGUGCCGAUUCGGGGCGGCGAGGGGGAUUUUUUUGGGCGGCAGAGUGUCAGCGCGCAGUGCGGGAGAGGGGGAGUGCAGGGGCUGGUGCUGCGGCCCUUCGAAGCAGACUCGGGGAAAGCUUCCCCAUCCCUGCCCAUCCUCCUACUAGGCAUCGACAUUGCGCCCCGUGACCCUCUACCUCCCAACUUCCAGGACCUUAGCUCACUACACACCACCCCACCGUUUUGCACCUCCCUGGCCCCUCCCUUUUCCUUGUGUGCGACCAGCAUCCCCAUCCCCGCCCAUCCCCUGCUAGGGAUCGACAUUGCGCCCCGGAAUCCCCAACUCCGCCCAUUCUCCUGCUAG